UCUCGCGGGCUAUUGUUUUGCGAACUUUGUAAUGGCGGACGGUAUCUACGCACUUUUCAGUGGGAAAUUUCCAGCCCCCGCACGCAAGUAUCGUUCCAGUUUUUCGCUAAUUGUAUAAUUUUAAACAUAUAGAAAAGAUUUAUGUUGAAAAAACCCGGAAACAAAAACAAAAAUUUUCGUCGUAGUAGCACUUUAAGGGUGAACUGUUAAUCGGGAUGUUGUUAAAGGACCUCUUAUCUAACCCGAGGACCUCUUUGUGCAUGUAGCAAGGAACCGAUUGGUGUCGGUUUGGACACCCCUGGUUCCUUCGUUCACUUGUUAGGACGUCAUUCGUAUAAAACUUUUUGUUAUUUCAGUUGUUUGCGUAUUGUAAUACUGCUCUGGUAAGGUCUUGGCAAAGGCUACGUGCAAGCCAAAUUUCAUUGCAAUCGACUAAAUUCGCGCAAAGUUCUGAGCGUUUGAAAUUUUGUUCAAAAUGGCGUACUGGAGUGUCCUGUCCCAGGCUCCUCCCGGUAUUUACACCAAGUCGAGGUACACUUUAACUCCCUCUAUCUCCUCGGGGUUUUGACUUGAGACUUUCAAACAAAGGGAUCGUCGAAAGGGGGAGAAGGCCUUGUGUGGAGAUGUUUCUUAUGUCGCACUAGAAUAAAUGAAGUACCCAGUUACCCAAAAAUGACCAAUUUUAGUGACACCUCGCGUCCAUGGAAUUUAACUACUUUCUAAAAUGUUUGGUGGUUGGACAGCACAAUCUAUGGACUUACUACUCGCGAAGAACCACGUCAAAAUAUUUUAUUAGAGAGGAGAUAUAGUCAGUUAAAGUGACCCCUCUUGGUGCAAUUUUUAGUGUUGUAGGACCCUUGUUAUUCGAACUUGAGGACCUCCUAUUCAUGUUUGAAUGAUGAUUGAUGCUUGUUUUAAGCUGUGAUAUUGUUGGAGGACCCUUGUUAUUAGAGCUUGAGGACCUCCUAUUCAUGUUUGAAUGAUGAUUGAUGCUUGUUUUAUGCUGUGAUGUUGUCAGAGGACCCUUGUUAUUAGAAUUUGAGGACCUCCUAUUCAUGUUUGAAUGAUGAUUGAUGCUUGUUUUAUGCUGUGAUGUUGUUGGAGGACCCUUGUUAUUAGAAGUUGAGGACCUCCUAUUCAUGUUUGAAUGAUGAUUGAUGCAUGUUUUAUCCUGUGAUGUUGUUGAAGGAGCCUUGUUAUUAGAACUUGAGGACCUCCUAGUCAUGUUUGAAUGAUGAUUGAUGCUUGUUUUAUGCUGUGAUGUUGUUGGAGGGCCCUUGUUAUUAGAGCUUGAGGAUCUCCUAUUCAUGUUUGAAUGAUUCUUUAUGCGUUUUUCAUGCUGUGACGAUGUUGAUGGACCUCCUUUUUUGGAACUUGGACACCUUUAUUACAACUUCAGGCUCCUUUUUUUUUUCCCUUUCGUUAUGUUCUUGCUCCUGUCAGGUGUUUCUUCCAUCUAGCUUACAAAUGGAAAAACCUACGUCCACAACAUCCGAGGACCUGGACGAUGUAAUCAACCUCAUGAAGCAGGCCCCCCUGGACGACCGGGAUGCCCAAGACACAUUUGACAUCAGCCAAGGCAUCGAAUUUCAGCCCCCCCGACGCCUAUUAUCCAACAGACACGGGGCAGUCCUUGGCCAUGGCGCUAUAUGACUUCUAUAACUUUGUGGUGGCCACUGAGUUUUGUAACCUGCGCCACGUCAGCUCCGUCACAUGCAGGAUGAUGUCGCACGUCCAAUACGUGUAUCAGUCUAUCGCCAAAAGGCGCUUUAAGUGCUCCCGAAGCCUUAAAGGCAAAGAGGUGGCUACACGCGCGCAUAACGUCCUGAAGGAUACCUGCAGAUCCGUGGCCAUGUGCCGCAGCGUGCAGCGGCUCCACAAGAGAAGGGUCGAGACCAUGAGAAGAGAGGCCAACAGGGAGGGGGAUGUGACCAAUGAUAGUGACGCAGACCCUGAUUGGUCAACCCAGGAGACAGACACGUUCGAAGACGGGGAGGUUCCCCAGGCUGAAUUAGGCCAGCAAGAGGAUGGUGAGAGCGAAGAGGAGGGGGAGACCAGUCAAAAGGGGGCAGAGCCCGAGAAAGAGCCGAAGACCCUCGCUUGCAAGACAGCAAGAAGAAAGAGGCCCUGUCUGGUUCCUGGCUGUAAGGGUUUCUCUAGAGUAAAUCUGAAGAGACAUCUGACCAAGGUUCACUACUCCAAGGGUGAGCUGUCUAAGGACGACGUAGAGCGCCUCUUUGCCCUGUCCUGUGCAGGCUCAAAGAAAUCUGGCCCUAUCAGACAGUACGCAAAGAAGAAGAGCGUACCUCAGGUGAAGAGGAGGCGGUGGUGCCCCGUGGAGGGCUGCAACUUUCUUGGGGAGUACCUGCCCCAACAUCUCACACAGGUCCAUAAAAUGGAACACAAAUGUCAGAGAUACAAGAACACACUCCGAAUGGCCAGACAUUAUCAGGGCAGUCAUGAGGAGAUCCAAAGCUGGCGGCCACCUGUCUCAACACCUCUCCCCCCUAAGCCCACCUCUCCUCUAACGCCCACCAAAAGGCCCUUGGUGGAGAUCUAUACAGACUCCUCCUUGGAUUCCCCUGCCAUCUAAGAAGAGGAGAGAAGUGCCUUCAGAAGACCCAUGGGAAGCAGUGCCUCCUACACCCCCCACACCACAAUACCAUCUGUGGCGCCUGUCUCAGACACAAAGGAUGACCCGCAAGAGUCUGACUCUGCAUCUGAGUAGGGGUAUGAGAACGAGGAGGCAUUCUUCAGUGAACCUAAGCCCCUGACGCCUCGCCACAGAUGGUUGGUGGCAUUCUACCACCACUUAGCCACCCCUGCAGCAGGGUUCGACCAAGAAAUAAACUGCCUGCAGCAUGCGGUACAAGUGAGAAACCUGCUGGAACAGUUACAGCCAUCUGGCAGUGACAUCCAGGUGCUCUCCCAGGAGGAUGGAUGCAAGGUUUGGUUACAUUGGGUUGUGCCCAAUCUAACUAAGAAAGCAGCUGGAACCCUCAAGAGCUAUUUGAACUUACUCCACAUGUCCUUGGAGUUUCUUACAAACAAGGGCAAAAAGCCAGACUUGCCUGUUCUCACGAGUCAAGACAGCAAGAUCCUGGCAGAGCUCUGUACCAGCCUAAAGGGAUGGAGGCGCACCAUAACCAAGCAAAAAUCAUCUGUGCGCUAUGCAAAAAUCCUCAGCAAGAUGGAGAGUCUGAUGAAGACCAGAGAGGUCCAUGCCUUCAUGGAAUCUGAGCCAUCAAAGGAGGGGCAAGUGGCCUUGGCAGCCGCCAAGAAGUCGACCAGCAGCCAUGAGCUGAGCCUCUCGCAGUACACGGUGGCGAGGGACUACCUGCUGGUUGCCCUCACAAGGACUGUUGGGAUGCGUCCUGGCUCCCUAGAGAUGGCCACUCUUGGCCAGUUUCGUAUGGCCAAGUGGGAUCAGAAAGAACGAAGCAAGGUGAUGCUGGUCACCGGCCACAAGCGGGAGGUGGAGGGACCUGCGCCCAUUCCAAUGAGCGAGGAAAUGGUCGAGCAGCUAGAGGCAUUUACCACCAAGCUCAGAGUGCUGGUGACGCAAGACUUUUCUGACUCCGGGAAGAUCUUUCUGAAGUCCGAUGGUGCGCCCUACCAAAAGGGCACGAUCGGCCGGCGGAUUACCGCCUUUGUCAUCAAGAGCGGUGUCCGUGCCGACUGGCUGAUCAGCGCCACGGACUUCAGAAAGUGGUUGGUCACAAGAAUGAAAGAUCACAAGCGGGCCGGCAUGCCCAUAGAUGAGGAUCUGCUGCGGCACUUGAUGUGCCACAGUGACUAGACGGCACAGACCUGGUAAGUAACAUAGGAAUACAUCCAUUUAUACGCAGCUUUACGAACAUGUCCUUCUCCCAAGCAUAAUGACAUUGAUACAAUGUACCUCAGGGAAGAUUUAACAGAGCUUGCAGCCGAAGUGUCGCAGCAGAUCCAGCUGCAUACAACAUCAACAUCGAUGCCAAAGGAGACCGAGGCCACACUUAUGGAAAGCUUGCCCACCAGCCCCUACCAUGCACGUCGUUCCAUACAUGCUCUGACCCCAGAGAAGACUGCCGCCAUUUCUGUCAUCUUUCGAGAUGACCUCUGGGAAAGAACAUCUCCCUGGAAGAAACGCGUGGUGUCUCUCAUAUGGAGUGACGAGACACUGAGCAAGAUCGUGCACUCCGGGGAGAAGGUGAAGCGGGUGGUGGACCGGGUGCGGUACUUGGGUCCAAUCUCAGCAGCCUGUCGGCCCCACCAACCUCCCGGAGGAUGACCCAGAAACUAGGACCCACACUUGUGUCCUCUCACACCCACCAGAAGAAACUUCGCCUGCAUCCCUUUUCUCUUCUGCCUUGGGCAGAAAGUCGUGGAGUGAGGAGAAGACAGAGCUUAUCAGAACGGCCCUUGCCCACCUGGACAAGGUACCAACAAAUAAUGACAUCCAUUCAAUCUUCUGUUCCUCUAUCCAUCUGGAGGCCAUCUUGCGCAAAAAUCCAUUCGAAAGGAUAAGGAACAAGGUGCACAACAUGUUCAAGAAGCACCAUUAGGAGACGAUGGCUGGGUGCCUGCCAGAGAAAAAAAAAAUAAAAAACUUUGAAAAAAAACGAAACAAAAAACCAAAAAAAAAGUCCGUGUGGUCACUGUUGUAUCCUGUUGUCUGGUUCUGAGGGGUUCGUUAGGGAUCAAGUGCGAGCUGGGGUAACCAAUCCCCGGUGAGUGCCCCACGAAUCACUCAGUCUCACGACAACAGGUACAUCACAUCACACGGCACCCGUUGUGUUUUUUUUUUUCCUUGCGUCGUUGUGUUUUUUUUUUCUCAUUGCGUUUUUAACUCCGCCAUUGCCAGUCCCAAGCCCGGAUGAGAAAGGAGGAGAAUUGGGCUUUGGGCUUGCAUCCCUAGCCUGUGAAAAACACUUGAGCUGCACAAGAUUCUUGUCAAAGUGUCAA